UAUGUUCCAUUCUAUGCAUCCGAUGAAGUGGGCUGUAAACCACGAAAGCUUAUGCUCAAAUAAAUUUGUUAGUCUCUGAAGGUGCCACAAGUACUCCUGUUCUUUUUACUGAACAACAGGGGUUCAUCAGCAUUUGAUAUUGGAGCCUUCACCUUGCAUUAGAUUGGUAUCUGGGCAUACUCCCUGUUGCUACCCUUCAUGUUCCUAUGCACCAUGUUCCAGAAAAAUGCUUUCAUUCCUCAUUUUUUCCCCUCUUUCCCCUGUCUUUGGUCUAUUUUUUUUCUUUUCUGUGCAUUUUUCCUUUUUUCCUCCCUCACGUUUUCCUUCUUCUGUUUUUGGUGUGUUCUAUUUCUUCUUAUUUUUUUCCUUUGUUGUUUGUUUUCUGUUGCCUCUCUUUCAGUGACUGUCAGAGCCUGAGCCAGUCCUCCUCUCUGGAUGAACUUCAGGCUGUUGUGAUUGGAUCUAACCACUGAAUCAUAUGUGGUUCUAAGGUCCCUGGGUCUGGGUAGUGAUUGGUCACUGUUCCAAGCUCUGGGUCUCUCAGAUGCACUUCCAGGUAAAGACCGUAUAUCUGACACCUUUUCUUGGGCAGUGGAACCUCUCAGUCUGGCCACCUACACCACAGAACAUGUGCCACAGCCUUCCCGAAACCUCUUAGACAUUUUCGCCUUAGAGCAGGAGUGAUGGAAGCACUUUACAAGUAUGGGGGCCACAGGUGCCCAAACUGUGGCCCCGUCCCCCCACGCCACAUUGCCCCCUGAGGCCAUGCCCUCGCACCACCCACUCCCCCAAGGCCCCGCCUCAGGCUGACCCUUCUCCCUGAACCCCCACUAUUGCACUACCCCUUCUCCCCUUUAUAGGACUGGGAAUUUUUGAAAUUCCAUUUCCUGUUUGCUCGGCGUGGAGAGCUCACAUUGCAUCUUCUCAGCUGACCAUGGCGGCUCCACACAGCCAACACUCUUCCACUUGGAGCACACCUGAGUUGUUGGAUCUUCUGGUACUGUGGGAAGAGGAGGCUGUGCAAUCCCAGCUCUGCGCCAGCCAUAGGAACUUCGAUCCCUAUGGCGAGAUUUCUUGUGGCAUGUUGGAGAAGAGCUAUGAACAGGACAUGCAUCAGUGCCAGGUGAAGAUAAAGGAGCUGAGGCAGGUGUACCAGAAGGCAAGGGAGUCAACCCGUUGCUCUGGUGCUGUGCUGAAGACCUUCUGCUUCUAUAAGGAGCUGGAUGCCAUUCUCUGUGGCAUCUCCACCUCCUCUGCCAAGAGCCCCGUGGAUACUUCACGGGGGCUGGAGAGAGUGGCCUGUGGACUUAACCCCAAGGAUGAAGUGGUGGACGAGGAAGUGGAAUUGAGGAUGAGGUGGAACAGGCAACGGGGACAUCUUGUCAUGCUGUGGCAAGCCAGGACUUCUUCUCAACCCUGGAAGGUUCGAGCCAGUCACAGCACUCUGUCUCUGGCAUGCAUAAUGCAGGAGAGAGGGGCUCUGGUGUGGUCUUCACAGGAACCCCCUACACACCAGCAGAGCACCUCCACCAGAUAAGGAAGGGACUGAGGAGGAGCAAGGAGGACAUGUUUUGGGAGAUGCUCCAAUCCUCUCAUGCCACAGAUCAAGAACACAAGGCGUGGAGAGAACUCAAUUAAUGAAAAUUUAAAAAUAGUUAGGAGAGGAAGCAGGGGCAUGAGCAAAUUGUAGGGGGCCAGGAGCAGAUGAUAAAAGUGAAGGAGGAGCAAACAGAGAUGCUCAAGUCCCUAAUAGUGCUGCAGGCAGAACACAUGUACUCGCCUCCCCUGCCGCCCAUACAGAACUGCUUGCCAUGCCCUCCCCAAAUUAUUCCCACACAUUCCUUGCAUCUUCCUGGCCCGUUGCAGUAUCCCAUUCACUCCGCCCCUUCAGACAGCUUCCAAAAUGAUAGCUGUAGUGAGAUGCAGCUAUGAGAGCCUCCGCCAGGGAAGUGCCCUGGUCAAUGUUAUGUCCCUUUCCAGAAAGUGUUUUCUGAGUGUUGUUUGUUGAU